UUUUUUAGGCAAAAUGAGUCCUUCUUUUGAGUUGGAUAAAAAAAUCCAAGAAUGGUUAAAAUGGGAUAAGAAUGAGCACACAAAAACGGAGAUUGAAAAACUGGUAAAAUCUAAAAAAUAUGAUGAUUUAAAAGGGGUUCUUCUUAAAAGACUUUCGUUUGGAACUGCUGGACUAAGAGGUAAAAUGGCUGCCGGGUAUUCUUGUAUGAAUGAUCUGGUGAUAAUCCAAACUGGACAGGGAUUAUUAAAAUACUUGGAAAAGACUGAACAAAAAAUGCUUCAGAGUAAUGGUAUUGUUCUUGGUUUUGAUGGAAGACAUAAUAGUAAGAGAUUUCCUAACCCAGAAGAAGGAAAAAGCGCUUUAGAUUUAUCAAUUAAAACUGCAAAUGAAAAUAAAAGUACAAUAAUUUUGGCUAAUGACCCCGAUGCAGAUAGCACUGGUGAAUGGAAAGUGUUUACUGGAAAUGAAUUGGGUGCGUUAUUUGGAUGGUGGAUUUUGCACUGUUUUAAAAUUAAGAACCCAAAUGUACAAAUUGAUGAAACAUACAUGAUAUCAAGUACUGUUAGCUCAAUGAUUUUAAAAACUAUGAGCAAAAAGGAAGGUUUUAAGUUUGAGGAGACAUUAACUGGGUUUAAGUGGAUGGGUAAUAAAUCUAUUGAAUUAAUCAACCAAGGCAAAAAGGUUCUUUAUGCAUUUGAAGAAUCGAUUGGCUAUAUGUGUGGGACAGCAGUUUUGGAUAAAGAUGGCGUUUCUGCUGCCAGUGUUUUUGCAACAAUGGCCUCUUUUCUGUAUAAUAUUAAUGAAACUGUGACUGAAAAGUUGGAAAAUAUCUACAAUACAUACGGUCAACAUUUGUCGUUACAAUCCUACUAUAUUUGUCAUGAUCCAGUUGUGAUUGGUAAUAUUUUUAAGAGAAUAAGAAAUUACUCUAAUACAAAUAAGUAUCCUUCGGGAGUUUUAAACAACAAAUACAAAAUUAUAGCUGUUCGAGAUUUAACUACCGGUUAUGAUGAUAAUCAACCCGACAAAAAAGCAGUACUGCCUGUGGAUUCAAAAAAUCACAUGAUUACUUUUAAUUUUGAAAAUGGAUUGGUUUGUACUCUAAGAACAAGUGGAACCGAGCCGAAGAUAAAAUAUUAUACUGAAUUAUGUGCCAGUCCAGAAAUAAUAGACAUCAAUCAAAUAAAGGAAACUUUAAACGAAAUGGUUUUGGCUAUUUGCAAGGAGCUUUUGGAACCCGAAAAAAAUGAAUUAAUUUCAAAGUGUAAUUAACUUUUAAAUUACAAGUUGUUACUACCAUUUAUAGAAAAAGUAAGAUAAUAAAUACUAAUACUA